AUACACAAUCUGAUAAUCAGAGGGCUGGAGCGUCUUUCCCAUGAGCAAAGACUGAAGGCGUUUGAGCUUUUGAAGUGAGAAUGUAGGCAGUUUAAGGAGUGGGCGUGAGAGAAGUUGAUGAAAAGUUGUUUGGUGUGCAGAAGAAAUGGGCAGAGAGUAGAUUUUUCUCUGUAACACCAGAACUCGGGAUCACCGGAUGAAACUGACUGGCCGCAGAUUUCGCGGCAGGUGAAAGAAUGACCAUUGUACUGUGUGAAAUUCAUCUGGGAAACUCACUGCCACUAGAUGCAGUGAACAUAAGAACAGCCCUGCUGGAUCAGGCCCAAGGAGGCCCAUCUAGUCCAGCAUCCUGUUACACACAGUGGCCCACUAGAUGCCUCGGGGGAGCCCACAGGCAAGAGCUGAAAGGGGCAGGCCCUCUCUCCUGCUGUUGCUCCCCUGCAUCUGGUAUUUAGAGGCAUCGUGCCUUUGAGGCUGGAGGUAGCCUGUAGCCUUCAGACUAGUAGCCAUUGAUAGACCUGUUCUCCAUGAAGUUAUCUUAACCGCUCUUAACCCCAUCCAUGUUGUUGGCUGUCACCACAUCUUGUGGUGGAGCAUUCCAUAGGCUCAUUAUGUGUUGUGUGGAAAAGUACUUCCUUUUGUCAGUCCUAAAUUUCUUGACAACCAUAGCCUUUAAAUGGAAAUCCAACUUUUUAUGUAGGAGGAGGAGAGGUCUGGCGACAGGCUGCUAGUGGCAAUGGAGCCUCCAUGUCCGAAAGCAGACUAUCUUUGAAUGCCAGUUUCUAGUGUUCUCGGGCAUUACGAAGUGCAAAGGACCAAGCGUUUGCUUGGGCCUUUUAGAAUUGCUGGUUCCCUUAAAAAAAUAUCCACCUUGUUUAUCCUUGCCGGGUCCUCCUGACAGGGGAUGAGGGAAUAAUUGAACGAUUGCUGCUAAAAAUACUUUCUGGGUGAAAUGCCAACUGUUCAGCAUCUUGGCAGGUUGCCUGUCAUCCCUUUGCUUUGCAAAGAGAGGUUUGUUUUUAAUAAAUAUGAAGAAGCCUCUGCAGGUCGGAAAGGUCAGGAAUCCUCUUGGUCAGGAAUUCUCUGUGUCUCCCGCAAAACGCCAUAUUAAUAUGAAAAGCCGUUCUCUUUCUGGGACUCUGACGAGGUGCUGUCAGUGAGCUGGAUGGCCGAGGCUCUGACUCGGUAUGAGGUCGAUUCCGCUGUAUUUUCAUCUUCCGUUGGGAAAGAUUCUAUUGCAAAAGCACCUGCCCAUUUUUAUUAGUGACACAGAACGCUUUGACACACACUCACAAUGUGGUGUGUAUUGCAUAGCAACAUAGGAAGCUGCCAUAUCCUGAGUCCAUCUAGCUCAGUAUUGUCUUCACUGACUGGCAGCAGCUUCUCCAAGGUUGCAGGCAGGAAUCUCUCUCAGCUUGGAGAUGCUGCCAGGGAGGGAACUAGGAACCUUCUGCUCUUCCCAGAGCAGCUCCAUCCCCACAAGGGGGAAUCUCUUCCAGUGCUCACACUUCUAGUCUCCCUUUCAUAUGCAACCAGGGCGGACCCUGCUUAGCUAAGGGGGCAAGUCAUGCUUGCUCCCACCAGACCAGCUCGGCUCUAUUCCUGAUGCUAGUGGCCGUGUCAGUCUGCUCGAGGAGGCCUGGGGUAGAGUGGGACAUCAGAACAGCCCUGCUGGAUCAGGCCCAAGGAGGCCCAUCUAGUCCAGCGUCCUGUUUCACACAGUGGCCUCACCAGAGGCCGCUGGAAGCCACAGGCAGGAGUUGAAAGGGGCCUGCCCUCCCUCCUGCUGUGACUCCCCUGCAACUGGGACUCAGAGGCAUCCUCUGGCUUGCUAGUCAAGUCAUUUCCUGACUGCACCAUUAGGUGGCUACGGUCUGGUGAUAGCAAGCAUGACUGGUCUCCUUUGCUAAGCAGGGUCCCCCCUGGUUUGCAUUUGGAUGGGAGACCACGUGCGUGAGCACUAUAAGAUACCCCCCCCCUUCAGUGUUUCCUCCAAGGCACGUGCACAUGUGUGCGCACACAAGGUUUCUGAUGUCCGCUCAGUUAAUUUUCUGAAUAUACAUCUGCCUUGAUACUGCUGCCCAGAACAAAAUUUAUUCCGCACACAGAUGAAAAAAAGAAGAGGGAACACUGCUUUCCUUAGGGGAUGGGGAGCACUCCUGAGGUUCCAAGUUCCCUCCCUGGCAGCAUCUCCAAGAGAGGGCUGAGAGAGAUUCCUGCCUGCAACCUGGGAGAAGCCGCUGCCAGUCUGGGUAGACAAUGCUGAGCUCGAUGGACCAAGGGUCUGACUCGAGAAGCAGCAUCCGAUGUUCCUGUAAGGUGCUCAGUUCUCUUCUGGUGUUGCUCAACUCGGCUUCCAAAUUGUUGCCACCUCUUCCAGCCACUCCCAGAUGGCAGCUUGAUCUGCAAUGCAAAUCCCUGGGGUUUGACUGGAUGUUAUUUGGCCUGCUGAGCCCCCAGCAGGAGGAGGACCUGCCACCCUUUGGACCGCUGGUGCUAGCUGAGCUUUGAUCCCUUCCAUGUCAAGAAUAAAAACCACCUCUGGCUAAGAGGCCAGGCUGAUAAGGGAUGCUGGCGGUUCUGCUGAGCUGGCAGCUACACCGGAUCAAAAAGGAAGGCUGGUUGGCAGUUGUUUGUUGCAGCGGCUAACGUGGAGCCUCCAUGUUCAGAAGCAGUCUAACUCUGAAUACCAGACACUAGACACAGACAGCAAGGGAGGACUUCCUGGCCUGCUUGUGAGCUUCCCAGAGAUGUCCAAGGGGCUGUGGGGGUUGGGCACUGGAUGCUGGGCUUAUGCAGCAGGCCUCUUAGCCACGAUAGGGAAUGCAGCCUCCCUGUCCAGGGGCAGCCUACCUCUCAGUACCAGGCGACAAAUUGUUGGCGAGGGCUGUUGAGUCCCUGCCCUGCUUCUAGGGCUUCCUGGAGACCUCUGGCUGUCAUGAGAACAUCAGAAGAGCCCUGCUGGAUCAGGCCCAAGGAGGCCCAUCUAGUCCAGCAUCCUGUCUCGCACAGUGGCCCACCAGAUGCCGCUGGAAGCCUACAGACAGGAGUUGAAAAGGGCCUGCCCUCUCUCCUGCUGUGACUCCCCUGCAACUGGUACUCAGAGGCAUCCUGCCUGGGAGGCUGGAGGUGGCCUGUAGCCCUUGAUAGACCUCUCCUCCAUGGAGUUAUCCAAACUCCUCUUCAAGCCAUCCAGGUCGUUGGCUGUCACCACAUCUUGUGGCAGAGAAUUCCACAAGUGGAUGAUGCGUUGUGUCAAAAAGAACUUCCUCUUGUUGGAAUUAAAUUUCCUGGCACUCAAUUUCAUGGGAUGACCCCUGGUUCUAGUGUGAUGUGAGAGGGAGAAGAGUUUCUCUUUGUCCACUUUCUCUACUCCAUGCAUGAUUUUAUACACCUCAGUCAUGUCUCCCCACAGUUGUCUUUUUUCUAAACUAAAAAGCCCCAGGUGUUGUAGUGGUUAGAGUGCUGGACUGGGACCGGGGAGACCCGAGUUCAAAUCCCCAUUCAGCCAUGAAACUAGCUGGGUGACUCUGGGCCAGUCGCUUCUCUCUCAGCCUAACCUACUCCACAGGGUUGUUGUGAGGAGGAACUCAAGUAUGUAGUACACCGCUCUGGGCUCCUUGGAGGAAGAGCGGGCUGCGGGAUAUGAAUGUAAUAAAUAAAUAAGGAAGGAAGGAAGGAAGGAAGGAAGGAAGGAAGGAAGGAAGGAAGGUGCUCCAGGCCCCUGAUCAUCUUGGUUGCCCUCUUCUGCACCUUUUCCAGUUCGGCAAUGUCUUUUUUUUAGAUGUGGUGACCAGAAUUGGUCCCUGCUCAGAAACUGGAUACUGGGUCUGGAUGGACCUUGGUCUUGAUUCAUGAGGGCCCUAAUGAUAUGAACCUCCAUAUCCAGAGACAGGCUACCUUUGACUAACCAGAUGACACGGGGACCCACAGCGAAGGAGGACUUCACACCUUCCUUUCCUACUCAUGGGCUUCCUGGAGGCCGCUCGCUGUCCCCUGUUGGAAACAGGAGACUGGGUCGACGACAGGGACCUUGGGUCUGAUCCAGCUGGGCUCUGUAGUCAGGGCAUAUCGCCCACACCCACUGGAAACCGAGGUUUCUGGGUAGCAUCAUGCGGGGUUGUCAUGUCAACCACACAUCCUUCAGAGAGAUCUGCUUUCCAGGAGUUGGAUUGGAUAGCAUUUGUGGUGUGUGUGUGUGUCGGUGUCAGAAAGAGAGAGAGAGAGGCUGGAGAACCUUUGCUGCCUCCUCCCCUCCGGCCCCUGCUGCAGACCUCCUGGCCACCUUCUCCUGGGCCGCCCUCCUCCUCCUCCUCCGAUGCAAAAGCGGAGACCCCGUCUGCAGCCCUGGGGAGGCUGGGUGGCAGCCCCUUUUCCCUGCCAGCUCCCUUGCAGCCUGGCUGUGGCAGUCCUGAGCCUCGGCUGCAUUGGAGCCGGCCCGGCCCAUUUGCAUUGCUGAUGGGCGAAAGGGAAUGUUUCUUCUCUCCUGGGACGGUUUCCAGGGGCUCCCCCCCCGCCCCGCCACGGAAACCUGGGAGUCGAGUCGAACCUGCAUCCCAAGCGCCGAUUCGGAGCUUCUCUCUUCAGCAAGCCGGAACGGAACCAGUUCCAAACAAGGGAUUCGAUAUCCAGCCCCUCCGCUUGACGCACGGUUGAGCUUUUGUAUCCUUUCCCUGUGCUCAUAGCUGUGAUUGGCUCUGGAGUCCUGUUGGCCUUGUACGGUCUGGUCUACCUCCCAAGCCACUCCCAGGAUCCUCUCUUCUAUGUGUGCAUGGUUUUUUCAUUCACGUCAGUGAUCGAUGCUAUCAUUGCGCUAGAAGAAGAUGGAUAUAUCGAAGGUUUCAUGGAAUUCUACAUGAGAGAGGGUGAGCCUUACCUCCGCACGGCCUACGGCAUUAUGAUCUGCUAUUGGGAUGGAGUAGUUCACUACGGGAUCUAUCUCGCCAUGAUUGCGGCCAUGGCAAAAAGAAAGAAUUACCGGAAUUUGGGUCUCUACUGGAUUGGAUCCCUCAUGAUGAGUCUUCUGGUUCUCCUGACAGGCAGUGUGGUCGGGAAAUACGGGUCUGAGAUUAGGCCGGCUUUCCUGCUCAACUUCCCGUACCUUCUCAUCCCCAUCUGGGCUGCCGUGAAGAUCUUCAACCUGCCCAAGACCUCGUCCCUCAUCAUGGCCAAUAAGGUUUCCGAAGAGCAGAGCAAAAACCUGUUCCGGCGCCCGCUGGACAUGGGGCUGAUGGGAUUCCUCCUCUUCGCUCUGGCUUUCACAGUUUUCCGGGGACUGGUUGUUCUGGAUUGUACAGCUGACACUUGCUUCGAUUACGUUUACCAGCAAGAGCCGUAUCUGCGUGACCCUGUGGCGUACCCCAAAGUUCAGAUGCUGGUAUACCUGUUCUACUGCCUGCCGUUCUUCUGCCUCUGCAUGUACGGGCUACUUGCUCCUGGGUGCUCGUGGAUGCCUGACUGGGCCCUUGUUUUUGCUGGAGCCAUUGCCCAGGCACAGUUCUCCCACAUUGGUUCAUCCUUUCACCCGCGCACCCCUUAUCCCUACCGCACCCCCGAAGGUGCUUGGUGGCCCUUUCUGCUCUCCAAUAUGGCGUACGCCGUGGGACCUCAACUCCUCGCUUAUCGCUGCCUCCUCAGCCCUGGCUUUUUCUCCCUGGCGGUCCCCCAAGGCUCAGAGAAGAAGCUGCAAUGAACCAAGAAGUCUCUGUUCUGAUCCCAUCCGAUUGUUUGGAAACCGAAUCGCCUGUUCGAUAAUUCAGAAUCCGAAUCGGAAAGCUGCUUCCGUGCAGAUUCCAGUCCCACAAGGUUCCAUGUAUCUCCAGGGGCACAGGACCACUCCACAGUUCUCCACAGCCUGCAAAAUCUCCACUAUGAAUUUUACAGCUAGCAUGUCUACACGACACCUUUUAAAGCCAGAGUCUAGCUGGUUUAAGCUGCUCCCGGCUGAGGAAACUUGGGAAUUGUCAUUUUAAGAAGCAGCUUUUCACCCCAGUCUCCAUCUCCCUUGCCUUUGUCCUAUCUCAUGUGUUGAAUUUCUGAUUGUAAGCCCCUCGGGGCAGGGUCUGUUCUUUGUACUUUGUGGAAACUGAUGACACUCUAUGCAGAAGGGAUAAUACUGAUGACCGCUAGAGAGCUGUAACAAGGACACACCUGGGCCCUUUUGCAAAGUGACAGUUAUCACAGUUGCUCUGUUUUGAGGAAGGGAAAGAGAAACCAUGACAUUUUAAAAAUUGUUUCAAAGCAUUCUAAGUGUGUCAUCUUGAUGAGCGGAAUAUGACGAAUAUCUAUACACCGCUUUUCAACAAAAGUUCCCAAACUUUUGCUUUGGUUUACAUAGAGAUAAAUAAACAAACAAAAUGGCUCCCUGUCCCCAAAGGGCCCACAACCUAAAAAAGAAACUUAAGAUAGACACCAGCAACAGCCACUGGAGGGAUGCUGUUCUGGGGACGGAUAGGGCCAGUUGCUCUCCUGCUCAAUAAAGAGAAUCACCACUUUUAAAAGUUGCCUCUUUGCUCAGUUAGCAGGGGAAAUAGAGGCCACCAAGACCAUAACCAGCCCUUUCCUGAGAGACGAGGAGGCAGAGGGAGCUAGUUUGGAGUUUAAAUGUGGUACUAUCUUUUUCUUCAAAUAAAAGAAAGUAGCAAGGGAGCACAGAAAGGUAUUUGGACAAGUUGUUUACAAAAUAAAAAAAAAGAUAUUUAUAUAAGACUUUUA